CAACGUCAUAGUACCACCUGAAAAUGCUUGCUAUAGGUGGCGCACUGACAACUUUUGCAUGAAAGUGUGUUGUUGUAAUCUGUACCCUUUGUGCGUUCUUUCCCGUCUAGUGGUAUAUUUACCCGUUUGUCCAACUUGUUAUUCGAGAUCCCUCAAGGGAGAAAAGUGUGGGCUUGCAGGCAGACUGCUUGCUGCAUGUUGCAAACUCUCGGCAAUGUGCGUGGCAUAGCAAAUUUGAUGCCAGUUAUAGUAAAAUUAGACUUCACUAAGUUAUUUAUCGGUUUAUCCCCAAUAGUCCAUCUACAAACUGUGAAGUCUAUUGUUCAAGAUUGUUUCAAAACUCAACUGGUCUCUGAUUCAUUGUUCAUUUUGAAUUGUUUAUCAAUUUUAGCUCUUAUUUUUUGAGAAUCUUUUUGUAAUUUAAUAAGCAUGGAAGAUAUCAUAAUGGAAAGUGUGGAGAACUUGAAUGGCAAUGUGAGCCAAAAGAUAGUAUCUUGUAAAGGUGGCCAUGAUGAAAAACAACAAGUUCCGUUGAAAGUCCUGCCGAAACUCUUCUACUCAAGAGACAUGUUGAUCAAACUAAGGAACCAUCCUAGUUCAAAGGAGAAGCCCUCGAUAUUUGAUGAUCAGGAUCGUGUGAAGAAUGGAAUGUGGGAUCCAGAACAUUGGCAUAGUAGAACUGCUAAGGAUACUAAAAGAUCCAAUGCUGGUCCUGCCAUUGGAGCUGGUAACAAGGAAGAUCAACAGGAUAAGAAAAGAGGAAAGGAAGAAGGAGACGAAUUUUGUUUCACGCCACAGCGCCGUAGUUUCGUCAGCGGUUGCCACGUUGUACCAUCACGUCGACAAGAGGCCGAGCCUAGUGUACCUCUUGGUGUUGCUGAAAGUGCCCGAGAAUCAACUUUGCCUGCACGCCGAGUGGGAAGUGGUCGCUUGACAGGUCGAGAUGCAGAACCUGUCCCUGUCAAAGAUACCCGUGAUCGACGCGAACCUCUUCGAGCUCCAGCCCCGCAACGAGAACGGACUUUCGAUAGAGAACCUCAGCGGAAUGAACGUGGAAGCGAAAGAAACGAUCGCCACGAUCGGAGCGAGAGAAACGAAAGAUCCGAAAGAAAUGGACGAACAUUUCAACCAACCCGACCCGAUCCGCGGGAUAAAGACCCGUCCGAAAAGGAUCGUCGCAACUUUGAUCGCUCAGGCUACGAUCGUGACUAUAGCGGCCGUGGUGAUCGUGGAGAUCGCUACAAUUCGCGACGGAAAAAUGAGGAUGACACUCCUGAAUGGUUUUUUGGAGGACCAUCGUCUCAACAUGAUACUAUUGAGUUGCGAGGUUUCGAUGAGGAAAAAGACAGGAAACAAAAUACAAAAGUGCCGGCUAGAAAAGAACCCGUCAAAGAACGCCAGCAAGUCAAUGCAGCCAAAAAAUCUGAGGAACCGACGAGUAGCUCUUCUCGCCCGGGAAGCGCGCUGUCAGGAAAGAUUACCAAGGAAGAUCAACCUCCAAAAACCGAAAUUCACGGGAAAAAAAGCUCAACAAAUCAGGAUAAAAUGGAUUUUAACAUUGAAGAUUUCUUAAAAAUGGAUGGCGAUCUUAACGGGCUCGGGUUAGGAUCUACUGAAAGUGAUGAGACGUCACGUGGAUCUAAAGCGAGCCGUUGGUUUGGCAAAGCCUCUGACUUACCAGAGGCUAGUAAACCUAUGGCAUCCGAAAAUGUCGCGACAGACCUUUCUUCGAAUCAAGAUGCCGCGCGUUCCCUGUUGGAGAUGCUGCAGAAAGGAAGUCAACAACAACUGGAACAUAAAAAGAUAGUCACUGCUGAAGAAUUGGAACGCACUAGUGGAAAAUUUUCCAACAGUGCUGAUGAUGGUAUGACUGUCUUUAACAAGCUGCUGGCCCAGGUGCAAGAGACUACUCCAAAACCACAUUCCGUAAUGAAUAGCGCCCCAACUGAACAAGAUAUUCUUGCCAAUUUACUUGGAAAACAUAUGAAGAUUGAAGCACAGUUGCCUCAACCUGUUCAACAUCAUGCUCAACAAACUCAUCCGGAUGCAUUGGCUAAAUUUUUGCAACAGCAACAGCACAACCAGAUGCAUCAUCAGAAUAAGCAGCCCCUUUUAAAUCAAAUACAACAUCAAAAUCAGCAACAGCAUCAUAAUAAUCUCCAUCAACAACAGCAGCCGCCGCCACAGUCACACCAUCCCUUCUCGAUGCACAAUGAACAACAGCAUUCCGACAUUCACGCUUUGAUGCGAGAUUUGACCAACGGACAUCCUCAGACUGUGAAUCAUUUGCAUUUAAUGGCGAUGCAACAGCAACAACAACAACAGCAACAACAACAGCAACAACAACAACAACAACAGCAGCAGCAGCAGCAGCAGCAGCAGCACCAACAACAGCAGCACCAGCAGCAGCAGCACCAGCAGCAGCACCAGCAGCAGCAGCAGCAGUACCACCAUCAGCAGCAGCAACGCCAAGCCUUUGUCGGUAGUCCACAACAGUCCACUGCAAAACAGUCUGCUUCUUCUUCAAGCCCCUUAUCAUUUACACCCACGGCAGUUAUGCGUAAAAUGGGAGCCGAAAAAGACAAAGCAAAGGUGGCAUCAUUGGAUAAAGGUGAUGGAGCAGAUGUGGGAAUCGCAAGCAAUUUGUCUCCUCCAACUAACCAAAGCUCGGCGACAUCAAACCGUCUAACGGGGAGAACCGCCAGCCAGGUACAAGGUGCUUCACGUGUCAGCAGCCAAAUGAGAAUGAAUGACAUGUCCGCAGCCCCGCAGCAACAACAGCUUUUAACAGGACGUCCACUGGUUAAAGGACAAGAAGGCCUCCUUCCGUACCAACAACAACAACAGCAACAGCAAAUCGGAAACAGGCAAUUUGGAUUGGCAUCCGCAUCCAAUGCCGCCAUUACUGGUGUAGCCGUCAAGAUGCUGGAGCAACAACAACAGCAUCAACUUUUGGCAGCAGCCGUAGCCGCCUCUGCUAACCAAACGCAGCAACAGCUCAAACAACAAAUCCUCCAGCAACAGCAGCAGCAACAACAACAGCGAACUUCACCCUUGCAACAAUCUCUGUUGGCGUUUGCUGCUGGGGGACUUCAGUCCAACAUGUCGUUGCAGAAUCGUGGCAUUCCUACUAAUGUUCCAGUUGGAAAUCGAACACAUUUUCGACCCAUUCAUCCACAGCCAAUGAUUCCUCCCAUAUCAGGAUACUCGCCGUAUUUGGCUAAUCAAGCGAGUCUUCAAACUGGUCACAGCCGAUUACCGAGCAAUAUGGGUUCUUCCAACCAGUUUUACGGAGUCUCUCCCGCUUCUUCCAACAUAAGAAGUCAAGCGCAAGGUUUGAAUGCGUUAGCCGCCCUUCAGCAACAAGCAUUUAGCGGAAACAGGAGCCCCAACAUGCCACAAGGAAGCAACUCGUUAUCUCGUUGGUUCCCUCCCGAGAUCUUUUCUCAAGCUAAUUCUGGACAAAUGCCGACGCUGCCACCGAUGCCAAGCCAGAAAAUUCUCAGUCUUGAAGAAUUGGAACGUUUGCACACAUCACCAAUGUCUCAUUAGACGUAACGGCAAGUUUUUAAGAUGUUAAAUACCAGCUUAAAAUUUCAGAAGUCGAAUUCCAGUCUAUUUACUAAAGAGUGUGAGUUUCCAAAUUAAGGAAAGCUCAGUUCCGAAUAGUUUUGGAGCAUCGUCACAAAACCUGCACGCAAAAUCGAACUGAUGAUAAUUCAAAUCGGGUGUUUGUACCUUUGAGCCUUGACAAAUGUAUUUACGGAAUCAGAAAUUAAUUCUCUGAAAGUCGGGUUGAAUCAGAGUUGAGUUGAAAAAAAAAGAAAAAAAAAAAAACCAUAACAUAAAGCAACCUAGUUUUUCUUGUGAUACGGAAGUUUUUGGAUUUUUUUUUUUUUUUUUUUUUUUGUGUGUGCGUUUGUGUUUCGGGUAUAAUAUGUAUAUUUUCUCCUAGAAUAAGGCAAAUUUUUUAGUUUUUUCUUUGUCACAUCUGCCAGUGUACGUGGCCAAUCUCUUGCUUUCGGUUAUUAAGAAGAUGGAAUUUUUUUUUUUUUACACUAUAUUUUUCUUUUUCUUGCGUAAUUUCCCCGUAAUUAUCAGGAUUCUCGUCUGUUUAUUUCCCCCUUCAGUAGCGAUUCAAAUUUCAAGAUCGUCUGAAACCCAUAUCAGAAUAAAGCAAUUCUUGGUUAAUUGGGUUUGAAAAAUAACUAAAAAUGUCCAAAAUGUUAUUUCAAAACUUGUCCCAGUUUCUGGAAAAAAAAAUGAUUCAGAAGAUUCGUAUAUGCUCUUUUUUUCUGUUCGUCUCCAUUUUCCUAACUUGAACAAGAAGAGCGCAUCAAAAUUUUUGUUUAUUUUCUUUCCUUCUGGUCUGUCGAAUGUGAGCGAUGUUUGUAUGUAAAAUUUGCGCGAGCUAGUUCAGUGCUCUGAGUCUUGUGUAAAUAUUAUAAUCUAAGCAUCUGUGGAAAACAUGGUCAUAUUCACA